CUUAACUGCAUGCCAGAACAAAGUCUAGCGCUUUUGAAAAGAAUACAACAAAAUCUAGCACUGAAUGAAGUAAAAUUCCCUCUCCCUCAUCUGCCGCUGCUGCCUCCUUCUUCUGUGGUUCCUGGUGCUGCUCAUGUGCUCGUUCAGUGUGGACCUGAUACCUCUUUUGUGAAGCGGCAGCUGAGGAGACCCCGGUGCUCAUCAUGGCUGACAAAAAGCCCCAGGAAGGAGUCAAGACUGAGAACAACAAUCGUAUUAAUUUGAAGGUGGUGGGGCAGGGUGGUUCUGUGGUGCAGUUUAAGAUUAAGAGGUACACACCACUUAGUAAACUAAUGAAAGCCUAUUGUGAAUUACAGUUGGAAAUAGAGAAUGAAGACACAACUGAUGUGUUCCAACAGCAGAUGGGAGGUGUCUACUGAGAAGGGAACCUGCUUCUUCAUUCCAGAACUCUGUUCUUGCAGACCAAGAUUACAUUCUCAAGUAGAAAACUGCAAUUUGGUUCCAAUACAUCCCCGACUACUACAGCAUCGUUUUCUCUGUUUGUUCAUUUCCUCCUUCUCCAUUCCUUUACUGUACAUAAAAGUAACUGGUAUAUGUGCACAAGCACACUGCAUUUUUUUUUUUUAACAGCCAAUGGUACGUUUUGAUUGACAUCAAGUGGAGACAGGAUGGGGAAAAAUACUGAUUCUGUGAAAAUACCCCCACUCUCCAUUAGUGGCAUGCUCAUUCUGCUCUUAUCUUCAUAUUCCAGUAAGUUAUUUUGCUCUAACAACAACAACAAACAAACAAACAAACAAACAAAAAACCCAUAAAAAUCCUUGCAUAUCUUGUUCAACUGGAGAAUUUUCAUGUUUUUCAUUGAUCAUUGUAAAACCAAAGACAACCUUAUAACUUUUUUGUAUGUAGCUGUUACAUGUAGGGCAGUCUGUCUUUAACUAGCGAUAAACUACUCUAAAAAAAAAAAAAAGAAUCCUAUAUAGUUUUCCCUUUAAGUCAAGCGCCUUGCUGUUUAAAUAAACUUCUUGUUUAAUAUGAAAAAAACUAUGUAAAAUUCACAAUGCCUGGUAUCCAAGUAAAAAUUACAGGCAUAACAAAGGAACAGGAAAAUAUGACCCAUAAAAAUGAAAAUAAUCAAUCAAUUAACAGACCCAGAAAUGAGACAAGAUGAUGAGACUAGCAGACAAGGGCACUGAACUAGCUAUUAUAACAGUGCAGCUUCUUUAAAAAACAACUUGGCAGUUCCUCAAAAGGUUGAAGAGAGUUACCACAUGACCCAGCAAUUCCCUCCUAGGCAUACACCCAAAGACAUGAAAAUAAUAUGUCCACAUAAAAACUGGUAACAAAUGUUCACAGCAGCAUUAUUCAUAAUAGCUAAAAACUGGAAACAAUUCAAAUGCCCAGCAACUGAUGAAUAAAUAAAAUGUAGUAUAUCCAUAUAAUGGAUUAUUAUUUAGCAAUAAAAAGAAAUUAAGUACUGAUAAAUGCUACCAACAUGAAUGAACCUG